CAGAUUCAGAGAAAUUCUCUGCUACCUGUACUAAUCCUGGUACUAAUCACUGAAUGCAGAUACAUAAGGGAAGGGCUGCCUUGACCUCAGUUGGAUAAAGACAAUGUGGAAGAAGGAAGACAGAAACCAAACAGCAGUCAAAGAAUUCAUCCUUUUGGGAUAUGGGGAUCAGCCUGAGCUGCAGCCUUUGCUUUUGUCCCUCUUCCUCAUGAUUUAUAUCUUGACGCUAGCAGGGAAUGUCCUCAUCAUUUUGCUGGUUGUGGCUGAUCAGCACCUUCACACUCCCAUGUACUACUUCUUGAGUAAUUUGUCUUUCCUGGAGAUUUGCUAUAGCUCUGUUACCUUGCUCAAAAUGUUGAGCAAUUUGAUAACUGGGGAGAGAACCAUUUCUGUUAGUGGCUGCAUAGCCCAACUAUUUUUCUUUGGCUUCUUUGCAGCUAUAGAAACAUAUCUCCUGGCAGCAAUGUCAUAUGACCGCUACCUGGCAAUAUGUAAACCUUUACACUAUGCCUCCAUCAUGCAUGGGAAGCUCUGUGUUAAGCUCAUGGCUGGGCCAUGUAUCAGUUCUUUGCUGGGUAAUGGCAUUGUAGCCUAUCUGAUGGUCCAGAUAUCCUUCUGUGGCCCGAAUGUCAUAGAUCACUACUUUUGUGACUUGAUCCCAAUGGAAAAACUCUCCUGCAGUGAUACAAGCCUGAUUGACGUCUUUGCCUUCCUCUUGUGCGCACUGUACACCAUCACCCCAUUCCUGCUGACUCUCAUAUCCUAUAUCUGCAUCAUUGCCACCAUCUUAAAGAUCCCAUCUGCUAUUGGGAGGAAAAAAGCAUUUUUGACCUGCUCCUCUCAUCUCACCGUAGUUUGCAUUUUUUAUUCUACAAUAAUAAUCGUCUACAUGUUGCCAGGCACCCCGACUCUGAGAGAUCUCAAUAAAGUAUUCUCCCUUUUCUACACCAUCCUGACUCCCUUGAUUAAUCCCCUCAUCUAUAGCUUGAGAAACAAAGAUGUUCACAAAGCCCUAAGAACUAUUUGCACUAGAUUGCUAUUUUUUGUAAGGAGUCAUCUGAAUUUGUCAAGGAUCCAGCUAAAUUCAUCCCUUUCCUCAAUGCUUAAAAGGCAAUCAGAAGUUUUGAGGCAUAGCUGCUGA